UCAUUAAAAUGAUCGAUGUUUCUUUCUUUUGGGGGAUGGUGGUGGGUUUGUAGUCAAAACGACGUCUCUCGGAGAUUGAAACUUUCGGAUCGUGUCUCUCUCUGCUUCUUCCUUCAAAUCCGAUUUCAGACAACCUUUUACUUCCGACAAGAAGAUUUCCUUUUUUUUCAGCUCAGUCAAUGGUUCACUGGUUGUUCCUUAUCCAUUCACAUUGGUUGUUUUGUCUCUUGUCCCUCUAGUGUUGAACUCUGCACCUGAGGUAAAAUCGCUGCACUGCAAAAGGGAGCACAAGUGGAUAGUCUCUGCAAUCAAGUAUUAGUACUGAAGCUAAUAUGGCUGAUACCAGUUCAAGAACUGAUGCCUCAACUGAUGGCGACACAGAUCCUCGAGAUAUGGGGUCUGAGAGAGGGCAAGGGAUGCUUGCUGUUGCUUCUGAUUCCAGUGGUCGAUCAAAGGAUAAGUUGGAUCAAAAGACCGUUCGUAGGCUUGCUCAAAAUCGAGAGGCAGCAAGGAAAAGCAGACUGAGGAAGAAGGCGUAUGUUCAGCAGCUGGAGAACAGCCGCUUGAAGCUGACUCAACUUGAGCAGGAGCUGCAAAGAGCGAGGCAACAGGGGGUUUUCAUCUCAAGCUCAGGAGACCAAGCCCAUUCUACUGGUGGAAAUGGGGCUUUGGCAUUUGACGCUGAACAUUCACGAUGGCUUGAAGAAAAGAACAAGCAAAUGAACGAGCUGAGAUCUGCUCUGAACGCUCACGCAGGUGAUACUGAGCUCCGGAUAAUUGUGGAGGGAGUGAUGUCUCACUAUGAGGAGCUUUUCAGGAUUAAGAGCAAUGCAGCUAAGAAUGAUGUCUUCCACUUACUAUCUGGAAUGUGGAAAACACCAGCUGAGAGAUGUUUCUUGUGGCUUGGUGGGUUCCGUUCAUCUGAACUUCUCAAGCUUAUAGCGAAUCAGCUGGAGCCGAUGACAGAGCGACAGGUGAUGGGCUUAAAUAGCUUGCAACAGACGUCCCAGCAGGCUGAAGAUGCAUUAUCUCAAGGGAUGGAGAGUUUACAGCAAUCAUUAGCUGAUACUUUAUCUAGUGGUACUCUUGGUUCCAGUUCAUCUGAUAAUGUGGCGAGCUACAUGGGUCAGAUGGCCAUGGCAAUGGGACAGUUAGGCACCCUCGAAGGAUUCAUCCGCCAGGCUGAUAACUUGAGGCUGCAGACACUGCAACAGAUGAUUAGAGUGUUAACAACGCGUCAGUCAGCUCGUGCUUUUCUUGCCAUACAUGAUUAUUCAUCUCGACUACGUGCUCUUAGCUCCUUGUGGCUUGCCCGGCCAAGAGAGUGAAUACACAAGAGUAGUGCUUUGCUCACCUUUAUACAUAAUCUUACAAUUCAAAAUCGGUAGGAAUACACCUUCCAAGAGAGAUCACAAAGCAAAGGUCUUCUCUUCUUACUGCAGAUCUUGCAAAUGGUGUUCUGAGAUCCCCAAAGACUCGGAUUGUGUUGUGUGUUGUAAUCUUUAGCCAAUCAGGUUGUGUAGUUUCUAGAGAGUGAAUGUUUAUAGUUUUUGAAUAUUGAGCUCAUCAGUGUAAGGUCGUCAGUAACCAACAUGACAAAAGAUGAGAUACACUUUCAGGAACUUGGAUUGUUUAAAUGGUCAUAAAUCAAACAGACCAAUUCAAUU